GCCGCGCGGCGCGGCGCGCGGUAUAAGAUGAGGUCGAACGGGACGGUAGCCGCCCCGGAGUCGGAGGAGGAGAGAGCCCGGCUGGUAGGAAGAACCGAUCGAACAACACAGCUACUAGCUAGCUAUAGGAUCCAACGUCGAUCGAUCGAUCAAUCGACAUGGACAGGCCAGGCCACCACCAGCACCAUUUUUUCAUGCCGCCGCCGCCGCAGCAGCAGCAGCAGCAGCUUUGCGUGCCGAUGAUGGACGACCCGUCGUCGUUCUUGGCGGAGCUGAUGGGCGUCGGCGGCGGAGGCGGAGGUGGGCCGUCGUCGUCCGCGAGGGGGGAGAGGAAGCGGCGGUUCACGGAGGAGCAGAUACGGUCGCUGGAGUCCACGUUCCGCGCGCGCCACGGCCACGCCAAGCUGGAGCCCCGGGAGAAGGCGGAACUGGCGCGGGAGCUGGGCCUGCAGCCGCGGCAGGUGGCCAUCUGGUUCCAGAACAAGCGCGCCCGCUGGCGCUCCAAGCAGCUCGAGCACGACUACGCCGUGCUCCGCGCCAAGUUCGACGACCUCCACGCCCGCGUCGAGUCCCUCAGGCGCGACAAGCUCGCCCUCUCCACGCAGCUUUUUGCUUGGUGCGCGCGCGUGCAUGACCAGUUGAACGAGCUAAGCGAGAGGCUGAGAGACCGGGAGGAUCUGGCCGCCGCCGGCUGCGGCGGCGGCGUGACGACGGCUAGCAGCAGCUGCUGCUGCGACGGCGGUGGCGGUGGUGGUGAGGGAGCGGAGGACGACAAGGGGAACGUCGCCGCCCUCGGCCUGGGGUGCGUCGCCGUCAACAUGGAGCCGCAAGAGAGCUGUGGGCUCGUCGGGUCGUGCGCGACGCCGGCGGACGUUUCGGUGGAGUCCGAGUGCGACGACCACCGCCUUGACUACGGCGACGGGUUCCCGGACUCCUACUGCGCCAUGCCGGAGCUGUGGGAGUCCUGGCCGCUUGUGGAGUGGAACGCGGUGGCCUGAAAUGGAGAUGCCAGCACAUAGGCUUAAGGCUUGUGUGUGUGAAACGUACGUGCACGCUGCCAUGCCAUGGUGCUCUCAACGGAAUUGAUGGAGAGAACGUACGGGGCGCUGUGCGCCAACGGCGGGAUGGGCCAGCAGGCAGGCAGGCAGGCAGGCAGUACGGGAUUCGGAGCGCGAUCGAAGUAAAGGCAACUUUCUGAGUUUGGAGGCAAAUCACCCAGUGCCAAUACUGCUUUCGAUACUGCAGAAAUCGAUGGUAUUUGUUCAUAGGCGCCCGCGAUGGUAGAGAGUUGCGCGGCUUGUUGAGGCCUUUUUUUUAGUUGUGUUUCGAGGUUAAACAAUCUAAUGGCGUGUACGUAUGUAUGGCUGCUUGCAAAGAGGAAACUUUGUGAUUCUGUACGAUUCUUAAUGUAGUCUAGAUAGUCUUUUUGUCGAGAAUAAUAUCGUCGAGUACUCAU